AUGCCCGCCUACAUUCGUCACCUCCUGGACGAGGACAUCUCGGACUACGAGAGCAGAUGCCUCGGUACCGAGACGUUGUUCACGGACAAGUUGAGCCAGGGAACUCAGAGGACUGAUACCGCCCCCGAAGAGUCGCUGUCUGCCUCUGACGGUGCUCAGACGCACCCGGCUGUUUUCAAUCUUCACCUUGGCCCUCGCUCCUACCGGCUACGGCCUCCUGUGGCCGAGCGACCUCAUUCAAUCUUCGCACCGCUUCCAGAGAUCGAGGGUCCUCAUGCAUACGUGCUCAUGCUUGCAGCGACCGAGCUGCCUCUCAGAUAUGUGUACCUGAUCCCUGCGACCGAGGCACACCGUUCAAGGGUGGUACUGCGACCCGUGAUCGAGCGACCUCUGUCACCAAACGUCAAGUUCAGGUUGGAGAGGCAAGACAUUCACACUGGAGAGACCAAGAGCGUUGGGAUUGUGGUGGCAAGGUACAACAUCGACACUGGAGAGACCCGGAGCGUGGGGUCCAUCAGGCUGGGGCUUCGAUACACGUGA